ACCAAUAUGUCUGCCUCCUGUAUUUUUGCAAAUUAAGAUUUCCUCUGGCACUACGUUCCACUUUCAUAAGUUCAUUAUUGCUCCACUUAUCUUGGUGGUGAGUUCAACUGUUGAUGCUGUUGUUUUUCUAACGCAUUAUCCUUGACCCCGGGUGCAUGAUUUGCCGAAUAUCUUGUCGCAUUGAAGAUAACCUGAUCAAUGGAUACAAGUGCAAGACGAAGAAUAUCUCCGGUUACUACAGAGUACAAUGGCAACCUACUGCACUGGACACUUGUUGCAGUGGCCGUGGGUGGCAUAGUGUCGGCCAUCUUCUACGAGGCGUUUGUUCGCGAAUAUUUUACUGCGUCGGAGGAAGAGCAGAUUCCAGACAUGGUGGUUGCUGUCAUGUCGGCACGAGAGAACUUUGCGCAACGACAAACAAUUAGAGGCACGUGGAUGCAGCACCUGCACACGGGCAUCAUUGCAGAGAAGGUUCAUGUCAAGUUUAUCAUUGGCAAACAUGGCUGCAACAUGCACCCUGAUUACCGUAAUUAUCAACACAGCUGUGACCCAUUGCAGCUAGAUGCUUAUGACAUUUCAAAGGCUAAGACUUUCAACCUAUUCAAAGUUGACAGAGGACAUGAGAAUAGUGCAGUAUAUGAGUUUGUUGUGGUACCAUGCCUGAGAAUUUUCAUCCGGAAUUCUGUCAUAGUAAACAAAAUUGGUGUUCUUUCGAACAUCAGUCAACCGGUUUCUGUAAAACUAUUGUCGGCUGAUGGCAAAGAAACUGUGGCGAGUGCAAGCUUCAUGACAGGCAUUGGAGAAAAACAUCAUGGUUACAUCUACAAAGCAAUUCAACCAAUAAUUCUGCCACAAGCAUUCGAAGGUUUAUUGGUUGCCCAGAAUAUUGCAGAUUCAGUGCAGUAUCGAGGAAGCAGUGAGACCACUGCACCUGGUUUGGUUGACGUGACUGGUAUGUUUGCAGAUGAAGAAGGCAUCCAACCUGUUGUCGGUGUCAACGCGAUAUCUGCUGGGUCACUUGCCUUUCUAGUGCAGGACUCUGAUCGUUUAAAGGCGAUGAUUUCAGAACGGAACCAGAAAAAUAACGAUUGGCAUCAACGCGAAUCAUCGUUGCUUGUCAAAUUACGAGAAGAAAAUGCAAGAUUUGGUGAUAUUUUAUUCACAGAUGUCACAGACACUUAUGCCAACCUGCCUGCAAAACUGCUGCAGUGCUUCAAACUCACUGCUCCAAAAUUGGAUUUCAAAUAUCUUCUGAAAACCGACGACGACUGUUACCUGAAUCUGCCACGAAUUCACAGAGAGUUGCAAAUGCUGACGCGCAGUCAUUUAUGGUGGAGCAACUUCCGUGUGAACUGGCCAGUUCAACGCUUCGGGAAAUGGCGGGACGCAAAGUACCCGUCUGCCCUUUACCCACCAUUUGCUUGUGGGGCAGGAUAUGUCUUGUCACACGAUCUUAUUUUGUGGCUUGCUGCCAAUUCAAAGUAUCUCCAGCAGUAUCAGGGUGAAGACGUGUCAAUGGGUAUCUGGUUGGCAGCGGUGGGACCAACAUUUGUGCAUGAUAAUCGAUGGAGCUGUGACAGCACCUGUACAGACGAUUCCCUCAGUGUAGCACAACUGAACAGCAGCAGCAUGCAUGAAUUGUGGAGUAAUGAACAGACGUGUGGCAAUCCAUGCAGUUGUCCAACGUGAAAUUUGCAGUGAGCAGCCUUACACUAAGACUUUAAUUUAAGAUGAACAUGUCAAUUGCAGAGUUAAAUGUGUGAUGGAACAUCGUUUCUUGAGAAGGAUAUGAUGAAUAAAUAUAUAAAAAAAAUUGUAUAAGAUAAAUUGACUGUGAAUAUUUUGGUAACAAGAAAUUUGAUAGUUUAUUUGGUAAACGUUAUUCAUAAUUUUCAAUCAUACACCUCAUUACACAUUUUCAGUCAAACCUUUGCCAAAUAUGCAUGAAUUUCAUUCAAGUCAUUUUCAAGUGACCAAAUGU